UUUAUUUAAAAUCCCGGAAUCAUAGUCAGACAGUAUAAGGUUUGAAGUUUAUCGAGGUCGACGUGUUAUUUGUAAAUUGAACUAACACUUUAUGGAACAUUAUUUUCUUAAUAAAAUCGAAUAAAAUGACUGCUAAUAUUACAAAAAUUAUUUUUUUUCAUAUUUGUUUUAUUUUUACCAUAAUAAAUGGAGCAACUUUAUCAAAAUUGCCAAAAGGGUUUAAACAAUGCAAAAUAAGUGAUCCCAAUCUUAACGAAUGUAUAAGGGAUGGACUUCAAAGCGCUAUUCCUCAUUUGGCUAAAGGUAUUCCGAGUUUGGGUAUUAUUCCACUGGAUCCGCUACGAAUCUCAGAACUCACUAUUCAACAAGGUACUGGGCCAGUUAGUUUUAAGUUGAACUUUACAGAUUUAGAUUUAAUAAAUUUAAAGAAGAUGACGAUACAAAAAGUCGAAUACGAUCCAAUAAAAUACAGGUUUUAUGCCGAGGUUGAACCUAAAGAAUCAAUAGAUCUGGAAGGAUUUUAUGAUAUAACAGGAAAAGUACUAACUUUCCCAAUUGUAGGAAAUGGAAAAUGCAAAAUUAGUUUGGAUGUUCCAAAAUUUUAUGAUACUGUCAUAAUGAAUCCAGUCGUUAAAAAUGGAAGUACGCAUUUAGAAGUUGAUAGCUUAUCAUGGAAAUUCACGGCAACAAAAUUGUAUAUUAAAAUGGAUAAUCUGUUUAAUGGUGACAAAGUUUUAGGAGAUAACAUGAACUUAUUCUUAAAUGAAAAUUGGCGUGAAGUUCUAAAUGAAAUGCAACCGGCUAUCGAAGAAGUUUUCGGCAUGGCAUUCAAAGGAAUUGGUCAUCAGUUUUUAAAUCGUAUUCCACUCAAUCAAAUUUUCGCAGAUUAAAAUAAAGUAUAACAAUAUUAUUCCUGAUUUUGACUUUGUUAAGUAAUUUUGUAUAAGUAACUUAUGAUUCGUAAAAUAUUUAACACUGAAAUUAGU